AUGUCGACCGCCGAGACCCCUUGUCCGUUUCGCAUUUCACUUCGCGAUCAGAUGAACUUGGAUUCCAAUGAGACUUUUCGCGCUGUGCGAGAACAAUUACACCGACAGGAUUGUGGCAUGGAAGGACCAGCCUUCUGUUCAACCCACCACCUCGCAUACGACACAACAGACCAGGAGGCGUUUCGUCUCCACCGCGACAUCAUCCACACCCUCCUAGUACCCUUGUUCCUGAUUAACCAUCAAGCAGAGCGGAUCGCAGCGCGGGCGCUCUCCAGCCACAAAGGGGCAGAACCAGAAAGGGCUUUUAGAGGCGAGGCCCGCAGUGCUUUUGCCUGGCUUCACUGUAUUUUGAUCGAGGAGCACGACUGGUAUCUCACCGCAAGAUGUCCUGCCUGUAUCGUUCUUCACGUCCUCCACUCGGAACCGACGAUCCGCUUCGUCACAGUGGCUGCCCUAUUGGCGGGUCCCCACUCCGGCUUUGACUGCUGGCUGUCAGCAUUGGAGACGGCUGUUCGAGAAGAUCCAUUCUGGGGUGACGCCUUCUGGCCUGACAUUGAGGAUCGCGCUUCUCGUCUGACAGAGGGCGUGCAGCAGCUGGUCCGUCAGUGUCAUGAGUUGUGCGCCACGCUUGAUACCGGUGUUACCCCUGCGGUCGCAAAGUUACCUUCGAUUCCUAUCUUGGCCCGCUCAACUUCCACAUGUACGAUCGCUAUCAAGCCAUCGAGUUUCGCCCAGAAACAGUUGCGGCUCAGUCGUGAGGAGCAGCGAUACCGCUCCUCACUUGUCUGGAAGGCUUGGAACUGUUCUCGUGAGAUACAGCCCUUGGGCUCUGCUCCCAACCAGGCCCGUCGACGGUCUCUAACUUCAUGA